GACCAGAGCGGCCGGCGGCGUCGCGUUUUCGCGCGAGGGACGGUUCCGACCCGGUUGGCGAGCCGCAAGAUCCGGAUCGGCAGCUGCCACUGGGUUCGCGUGGACGCACGAGAUUGAUGCGCUUUUUUCUCUCGGAGAGCAACCGCAUUUUUGUUCCCCCAACGGUGGGGACCCAUUCGCUAUAGCCUGGCCAGAAAGGACCCCGGGAAGCGCCGCGGAAGAUCCGAGAAGGCACCGCGGAAGAUCCGGAAAGGCACCGCGGAUGGGAGCCCGCCAGUCCGGCCCUGCAGCGGGGGACCGAGGCGCGAUGGAGACUGUCGUGCCGGAGCCGCUGCGGGGUUAGAGCCCGCCGCAGGGAGGCGAAGCCGGAGGAUGGGCUGGCGCCUGGGUCUCGGAGGGGCCGGCGCCCCGCUGCUCCUGCUGCUGCUGCUGCUGGCCGGGCAGGGGGCCGCCCGAAAGCCCCUGCGGAGGAAAUGCACCCCGGGCUGCUCGUGCGCCAAAGACGCGGCGCUCUGCGAGGGGGCCAAGGAGAUCCCCCGCGAGCUGCCCCCGAACCUGGUCUCCUUGUCUCUCAUUCGCUCAGGAUUCACAGAGAUCUUGGAAGGCAGUUUUCGCCACGUGCCAACCGUUCAGCUGCUCUUGCUCACUUACAAUUCCCUGGAUCUGAUCGCGGACGAUGCCUUUGUGGAACUCGUACACCUGGAAUAUCUGUUCAUUGAGCACAACAGAUUGGAAUCGAUCUCCAAGAAUGCUCUCCGAGGCCUAAAGAGUCUUCUUCAUCUGAGCUUGGCUAAUAAUAACCUACAGACCUUACCGAGGCAUCUCUUCCGGGGCCUGGACGCUUUGACUGCAGUGGAUUUGCGGGGAAAUGCCUUCCACUGCGACUGUAAAUUGAAAUGGCUGGUCGAGUGGCUGUCCUACACUAGUGCCGUGGUGGAGCCGAUAGAGUGCCGGUCACCCACCGAACUGAACCGCACCAGUCUUGCUGAACUCCGCCCAGGGGGUUUCAACUGCAUCACCACUGACCUUGUUCUAUUUGACGUUCUACCGUACCAGUCACUCUCUGUGGAAACCUUCACCUAUCACGGGGAACAGAAUUUGGUGAUUGCACAGCCCUUUUUCGGACGCUGCAUUUUCCUGGAGUGGGACCAUGUGCAAGGGAAAUUCCGCAGCUAUGCCAACAUCACUGGCUCGUCCACAGUAGUCUGCAAGCCCCUGGUGAUCGACGGCCAACUCUUCGUGGUUGUGGCUCAGCUCUUUGGGGGUUCACAUAUCUACAAGCGGGACGAAGCCACGGGACGCUUCCUACGCACUCAAGCCAUCGAAGGGUCACGCAUCCGCAAGCCAAAUGACAUCGAGGUCUUCCGCGUGGAGGGCGACUGGUACUUCAUCAUGGCCGACAGCUCAAAGGCUGGUUCGACUACCCUGUACCGCUGGAACGGUCAUGGCUUCUACACCCACCAGUCUCUGCAUGACUGGUACCGUGACACGGAUGCUGAGUUCCUGGAGAUCGCAGGCAAGCCCCACCUUAUCCUGGCCAGCAGCUCCCAACGUCCCGUCAUCUACCAGUGGAACAAACAAAAGUUCACGCCCCGCACCGACAUCCCAGACAUGGACGACGUCUAUGCUGUCAAGCAUUUCAAAGUCAAGGAGGAUGUGUACAUUUGCCUGACGCGCUUCCUUGGCGAUUCCAAGGUGAUGCACUGGGAUGGAUCAAUGUUCCGAGAUGUCCAGCACAUGCCAUCCCGCGGCUCCAUGGUGUUCCAGCCCCUGACCAUCGCCGGCUACCGUUAUGCCUUUCUCGGCAAUGACUAUUCCUUCAGCCAAGUGUACCGCUACGAACCCGUCACGGGACUCUUCCAACACUUCCAGGAGCUGAACACCCAGGCCCCACGCUCCUUCGCCCACCUCCACGUUGACAAGCAAGACUUCCUCAUCGCUUCUAGCUUCAAGGACAAAACUCACAUCUACCGGCACGUCAUCAUCGAUCUGAGUGCUUGAGUCUGUCCACAGUGGGGAUUGGGGUGUUGAACCAGGAGUGCCACUGUAAGGAGAGGAAGUGGAGGCAGCCGCUGGGGGGAAGUGCAGUACCCAAGAUGGCCACUAUGGAAACCGUAGUGGAAUAAGAUGCUCUUGAGAGUACAGUUCUCCAGCGGCGCAAAGAACGAGGGCGCUAAAGAACAGCUAGCAAGUAAGUGGAAGACAGGCAACCGAAGAGGUAUAAAUCCAAUCAGUAGAGAAUGCCACAAAGGGCAACAAGUCUCCAGAAUACCUUUUUCUCCCUUUUUGUUUAGCCAGUAUGCAUGAAGCCCUGUUGGUUGCUGGAGAAGGUCGCAGUGGAGAGGCCUGCAUGCUUUGCAGCAGGGCUUAACCAAAUAUCUCGACAAACGGGGCGUGCAGAUUUGGUGAGGCAUAACUUUGCCUGCAGUCCCUCCCAAUCUUGCUUGCCAACCUGUCGUUUUGCUUUGUCAUUUCAGAGGAUUUUUUCCCUUUAAAAUCUCAUUUCUCACCCUAAAUUGGAUGGAUCAGAUUAUUGGCUUGCAUUUGCUGCCCCGGCCGCUUGUAUCCAUUUUCCCCCAUCAACAGGUGCAAGCAGCCACUGAAAAUCCGCUUUGUUUUACCACUUCCUUCUUUUUACUGCAGAAUUAUCUUCUUCCUUCUAAACUUGUCUUGCAAAGGGCACAAAUCUAGCCAAACUAUGGUUGCCAGCCUCCAGGUGGUGGCUGGAGAUCUCCUGGAAUUUCAACUGAUCUCCAGGCCACAGAGAUCAGUUCACCUGGAGAAAAAGGCUGCUUUAGAGGGUGGACUCUAUGGCAUUAUGCCAUGCUGAAGUCCCCUCUCUCCCCAAACCCUGCACUCUCCAGGCUUCACCACCAAAAUCUCCAGGUAUUUUCCAACCUGGAGCUGGCAACCCUCUGCCAAACCUAAGUGACCAUGAUGUGGCAAAAACACAAUCAGUGGGCACAAGACAGCAGUCCAAUCCAAUGCAUGUUUACAUAGAAGUAAAGCCCACCUAGGUGGAAUGGGGCUUGCACCCCCAAGUUGGCGUGUAUAGGCCUGCAGCUUUGAUUGCAACUAACUUUGGCUGGAUUGCAUCGGAUGCCUUCUAAUUGCUGUUUGACUAUUUAAUUUUUCUUAAUUUACAAUUCCAGGCACUGCACAGUGCCAGAUACUAAAGCACAAGCUUAACUUUAAGCACAGAAAGACCCCCUCCUCAAUCCUGAUGGGAAAAGAGAUGCUGGGGGAACAGGGUAGACUGGACUCAUUGGUGUAAUGGGUAGGUAGAAGAGAAUACAGGAUAGCAGAAGCUCCCCCGGGAGGGGAGCUGGGAGCCCAAUUUAAUGGAGAGCAAAACCACAUCAAUCUUUUGCUUGUAAAUAGCCAGCAUGUUUAUUCAAACACAAUCAACCAACCUCCUUGUAGUGGGCAGCUACAAGGAAUACAUGCCAAUGUAUUUAUUCCCCAGUGACAAUACGGAGGUGGAAUAGUUUGGGCUAGGACUACACAAGAUUGUCUCCUGCCAAAGAGGGCCUGUUAUCCUCUUCUGUCUCUCAUUCAUGAACUGGGAUCCCACGUACAAGUAUUGUAAAUAAAAAAAAUAGUAUAUUGUUUGUGA